AGGAUUUUGACUAUACGUGGACAUCAAAGGACGAUCCUCCUAUCUUCAUUUUGCAAUUUUUCAAGCCUCUCCAAUCUUCCAGUCUGACACAAGAGCAGGUUGGUGUGUGCGACAGGAAAUACGUUGUAGGUGUUCGCAGCUUUGCCAUUGAACACAAGGCCGUCCCACGACAAAGCCUUCAGUAUGUCGCGUGGCAAAGAAAACUCAAGGAGCUUUCCCUCAGAUACACUCUCGGACCUGCCCAGUGCACUUCUCAGUUCGGAUGUUAACGUGGGAGCUUCCACCUCCAGAAGUUCAAGUACCAGCAUUGGCGUCGGUGGAAGGCGAGAGGCCACUUUAGGUGUCAAUGUGGGAGCCUCCACCUCUAGGAGCUGCAGUAGCAGCAUGACUGGCGUGGCUCAGAGUGUACCUGCGUCAGCCUUGUCAGGAGCACAGUGGGCGACGCGCAGUGACAGUUCCUCCCAUGACGUGAGCGGAUCAUUGUGGCCAUACCGGAGAGAGACCCUGAACCAGAGUUGUACCUCCACCACGCCGCUGCUUCACAAGAGUCUCCCCUCUGACUACCUCACCAAAUCGUCCCCCAACGUACAAGGAACUAACUACUCGGCGUUGUCUGCCAGAACCACCUUCAAUACACCAUACACUCCAGCCUCAAGAAAAAGAGGACUUUCUUCGAGGAGCAGCAGUAGUCAGUAUCCCCUGCGUACCCCAACUCAUUUCCAUGGUGAUAGCACAAUAUUACUACCAACGUCUGCGAGCGGAGAUGAGCACUCUGUUGACUUGCCCAGUGGUACGAGGAGGAAAUGGGGGGAGGAAAGCACCUCCAUCAGACAAGGAGUAGCCAGCUCCAGCAGCACCAGCGUCACACCAACCCAGCACACCCCUUCUGCCGCUGCUGCUCACUAUGACUUGACUCAGGAUGAUCUUGGCUUACCGGACCUUUCUGAAGACGACAUCUCUCAGGUGGUGAUGAGUGUGUCGUGGUCACAGGGCAAGCUGGGAGCUGCAUUCUAUGACAUCACCUCAGCUCAGAUGCAUCAGUGUCUGGGUUGCAGGUGGGUUCUGGUGGGUGGGAGGCAGGACGACCGUUUGUUUACCAUGCUGCGUCAGCUGUGUGGUAUGCCGCCCACUCCUCUCUGUAGGGAAUCAACGUCCACCCCCACCCAGAAUGAGGGUGGAGGCAGCAGCAGCAGCGGCGGAGGUAGAGGGAGUGUGGGAGGAGCCUCCAACACUGGUGCACCCUCACCAGCACCAUCCUCCACCACAGGCUCCUGUACCAUCAGGGUUCUCCCCAUGGCUGACUUCAAGUACGAGUUGUGUGUGCGGCGUGUGUUGUCCCUGGUGCUGCCUGGAGAGCCAGAGGGCAUCACCGAGGAGGAGAGAGAACUCUUCGUCAGAGGCAAAGUCAACACAGACCUUGUCUCCAUGACCCGUGCUCUGGGAGCACUCCUCAGAUUCCUGGACAAGCAUGGGCUGGAGCUGCUGGCUUCGACCGUGUUGAUGGACGGUACACCUAUUCUAGGCCUCCAUGUGUAUGCUAUGGAGGAGCUAGCACAGCUGGACGACGCCACGGCCACCGCACUGCAACUUUUUUCUGAGGACCAGCACCCAGCCGCCUUCAAGAGUGGCAAGUCUUCUGCCAGCAAGGAAGGUCUCAGUGUCUACGCCCUACUCAGUAGGACCUCCUGUCCUAUGGCUGCCCAUACCCUCAGGCGAGUGUUGCUGCGCCCGAUGGUGGAUCAGGAGGUGCUUGAAGCACGCUAUUCGGCUGUGGGAUGGGCGUCGACCCCGCCAAUCUGGACACUCUGA